AUCUUUCCCCGGCUGGGCCGACGUGAUUGUGCGUGCGCGCUCCAGGGUGGGCCGGCGCGCUUCGGUCCUUUUCCGCUCCGGCGUGCUCGCGCGCACGCUCACGUCGAAAAGUUGGGCAGCAGCUGAGCAAGUGGACGCCCGGUUUCACAGACGACAACAUCCACUGCGGUGGCGAUGUUGAUUGACCGAUGAUCUGACGCAGGAAAAAGACAUCAGACGCCGACAUUGUCUGAGUGCCGCGACUAUGGGUUGUGCUUGUUGCAAGCAGAAGAAGUCAGCCAAAUUCGAGGCGGCUGCCUUAACCGCCACCUCCGGGGCUGCCAAUGCUUUAGUGCAGUCUCCUAGCAACGGCGAUGGCGGCUCGUCCGCGGACCCAAUACAGGCACGCUACUGUCCAGACCCCACGCAGGUUAUACCGGACUUCAACAAGGGAUUCUCCAGCGGAGCCAUCUUCCCCAACUCCAACACGCAACACUGGUCCGUUGGAGUCACAAGCGGCGGGGUCACACUCUUCAUCGCGCUCUACGACUACGACGCUCGCACCGAGGAUGACCUCACCUUUCAGAAGGGGGAGAAGUUUCAAAUCAUUAACAACACAGAGGGUGACUGGUGGGAGGCUCGUUCUUUGGACACGGGCAACGCUGGGUACAUCCCCUCCAAUUACGUAGCUCCGGUCGACUCCAUACAGGCUGAGGAGUGGUAUUUCGGAAAGAUGGGGAGGAAGGAUGCGGAGAGACAGCUGCUGGGACACGGCAACCACAGAGGGACUUUUCUCAUCCGCGAGAGCGAGACCACCAAAGGUGCUUUUUCGCUGUCCAUCCGCGACUGGGACGAGAACAAAGGUGACCACGUGAAGCACUAUAAGAUCCGCAAGCUGGACAACGGAGGCUAUUACAUCACCACCAGGUCUCAGUUUGACACCGUGCAGCAGCUGGUGGCGCACUACACAGAGCGAGCGGCAGGGCUCUGCUGCCGGCUGAUUGGCAGCUGCAAGCGCGGCAUGCCCAAGCUGGCCGACUUAUCGGUGAAGACCAAGGACAUGUGGGAGAUUCCCCGCGAAUCGCUGCAGCUGAUUAAAAAGCUGGGCAACGGCCAGUUUGGAGAAGUGUGGAUGGGGAUGUGGAACGGCACCACCAAGGUUGCGGUGAAGACUCUGAAGCCGGGCACCAUGUCCCCCGAGGCCUUCCUGGAGGAGGCUCAGAUCAUGAAGAGGCUGCGCCACGACAAGCUGGUGCAGCUCUACGCCGUUGUAUCCGAGGAGCCCAUCUACAUUAUCACAGAGUUCAUGAGCCAAGGAAGUUUACUGGACUUCUUAAAAGACGGCGAGGGGCAAAACCUGAAGCUACCACAGCUUGUGGACAUGGCGGCACAGAUCGCGGCGGGGAUGGCCUACAUCGAAAGGAUGAACUACAUCCACAGAGACCUGCGGGCCGCCAACAUCCUUGUCGGAGACAACCUGGUGUGCAAGAUCGCCGACUUUGGCCUGGCAAGGCUCAUCGAGGACAACGAGUACACCGCCAGACAAGGGGCCAAGUUCCCCAUCAAAUGGACUGCGCCGGAAGCUGCGCUGUACGGGCGCUUCACCAUCAAGUCGGACGUGUGGAGUUUCGGCAUCCUGCUCACCGAGCUCAUCACCAAGGGACGCGUGCCCUACCCAGGCAUGAACAACCGCGAAGUACUGGAGCAGGUAGAGCGAGGCUACCGGAUGGCCUGUGCCCCGGGCUGCCCCGCCUCGCUCCACGAGCUCAUGGUGCAGUGUUGGCGACGCGAGGCCGACGAGAGGCACACCUUCGAGUACCUGCAGUCCUUCUUGGAGGAUUACUUCACCGCCACCGAGCCACAGUACCAACCCGGCGAGAACCUGUGAAGUACAAAAAAGACACACACAGGAAAGAAAACCCCACAUGGAACUAACAGACAUUACGACAGCGCUGUCUUUUACGGCGCCCUUGCGGGACGGACGGGGAAGGCGCCUGGACCUCGGCUAAGCGGACCCUGCAGUGAUGUUGCUUUACUCGGUAACCAUGACAACAAGGAAGAAGAUGUAGAUGGUCGGGGAGGAGGGAUGCGACUUGGCACAAGAUCCUCGCUUCUUUCUCAUCCGCCAUAUAAUAUUUGUGCCAUGCAUUUUCGGCAUCCUAAUGGAUUGACCGUCAUGUUUUGACAGAGCAGAUAUUCUGGAACCCUCCUGUGCACUGUGUGAAUAGAUCACAGUGAUGCUUCUGAAAUUAGGGUCCCUGGACAAUAAUUAAAUGCAAUAAAUUAUUGUGCCAAUCAAUCAAACAUGAUAAACCAAUUACACCUCCUGAUAUGCUUAAGUAAGUAGGUAGGUUGAGUAUUACUACUGGAAUAUUUUUUUUCAUGAACAGAAGGUGUACCUUUUGAGAAUAUACUACAAUUUUCCCCUUUUUGAGAACCCCCCGGGAUGAGACAUCACAAAUUCAAGAGGAUGUGCUCGUCCAGCUACAUUGACUUAAACAAAUCAGUCAGUUGUGGUAUGAAAGUUAUUUCAAAACCAUGUGAAAUAUUAGCACCCCGCUCACUUUUUUUUAAAUACAUAUAUUUUACCUUCAGUUGUGUCUGUAAAUUGAGAGACAGAGAGAGAGAGAGACGGUGAGGAAGAACUUUUAGGUUUUGUAUGAGCCGUCUCUUCGUGGUUUUUAAUUUAACGCUUCACAAAGACCAUAUAGCAAAUUCAGCAUUUAUUCAGUCAUUCAUUGGGAGGGCAGGGUGAAUGAAACCAUGAAAGGGAAAUAUGUCAUAUUUCUGGACUUUUUUCAUUGUACCCUUUUUAUGUGGACUUUAACCCUGUCAUGUUUAUUGUAAUAAAGAUCAGAUAUAUUUGGAUACAAUACAUCUUUAA